CUCUGAGUUUCUCUCAGAUCUGAAUGAUGUGAUUGUGUUGAUGUGUGUUGAUGGAGACGAUUGAAGUGAAUGUGGUUUGAUUUCAGUCUCAAGCUGAGCACACAGAGCGUCAGAUUAAACAGCAGUUUGAGAAGCUUCAUCAGUUUCUCAGAGAUGAAGAAGAAGCUACAAUCACUGCACUGAGGGAGGAAGAGGAGCAGAAGAAGCAGAUGAUGAAGGAGAAGCUGGAGGAGAUGAACAGACACAUCUCAGCUCUUUCACACACAAUCAAAGACAUGGAGGAGAUGAUGAAAGCCAGUGACGUCUGCUUUCUGAAGGAGUUUCCAGUCUCAAUGGAAAGAGUCCAGAUCUCAUCACAGCCGGAUCCACAGACGCCUUCUGGAGCUUUGAUUCAUGUGCCACGUUACUUGGGCAACCUGCCCUUCAGAGUCUGGAAGAAGAUGCAGGACAUCGUCCAGAACAGUGAGUCUGACUGCAGAAGAUACACACACACUGGAAAUGAUGCAAUAUUGACAGAUUUCAGCAUUAUGUGUGAAGAACCAGAUCAUCUACUGCACCAAAAUCAGCAGCUCGCUUUAGAAAGGGGUGUAAAAAGUACUCAAAAAUUAAACUCAAGUUAA